CUAGCCCCUUCUGCAAACCCUAGUUCUCUUCCUCUGUUGUGUUCCUCAAAUCUCCACCUUCAGCCUCCAAGCCACCACCAAGCAAGCAAGAAAAUGGGUCGUGUCCGCACAAAGACAGUGAAGAAGUCCUCCCGCCAGGUCAUCGAGCGAUACUACUCCAAGAUGACACUCGAUUUCCACACCAACAAGAAGGUCUUGGAGGAGGUAGCCAUCAUUCCCUCGAAGCGCCUCCGCAACAAGAUUGCCGGGUUCUCGACCCAUCUCAUGAAGCGGAUCCAGAAGGGACCCGUUCGUGGGAUCUCCCUGAAGCUGCAGGAGGAGGAGCGCGAGCGUCGCAUGGACUUUGUUCCUGAUGAAUCCGCCAUCAAGACCGAUCGCAUUGAGGUUGAUCAGGAGACUGUUGAUUUGUUGGAGGCUCUUGGAAUGAAGGAUCUUCCUGGGGUUGUUCUUAGGGAGGACCAGGGCCCGAUUAACGUGGCUCCGGCAAUGACAUACGGCCGCGGCAGCGGUAGGCGGUACUGAAAUAUAUCAACGAAAUGGUUUGAAUUGGAGGUUUUUGGGUUAAUGUGAGUUGUUGGAUGCUUUUUUAGUAAUGGGUUAUUGCUAAUUUCUGUCGAAAUGUUUUGACACUUCUGGAUUAUGCAUUUUUGCGAAUUUGUGACUUUCUGCAUUAUCGACUUUUAUGAUAAUCUUAUUGCUCUUCUUAAUUUGAAUGUUGAUGAAGUUUGGAAUUUUA